AUGGAUUCUACCCACCUACACAUUCCGAAGAUUGAGAACCCACAUGGCUUUGACUGGUUCCCUGAAGAACAUUCUGAAAAAUUAUUAGAACUACCACCACUGGACAGUUUCUUCGACUUCGACCCUUUUCCGUUUCUGCAUCAUACCAAGCAACUUGAUCUCACUGGGUUCCAAGACUUUGAAGAUCCCAAUUCUAUCUUUUUCUCGGCAGAAAAUAAGCUCCCACUUCUUUAUGAAGAUGUGGUGGUCGACCAAAAGCCUCUAAACUACACUACAGAAUUCGGUACUAUUGGUCAUUAUGGCAAUUUUGGAAGUGACUCGAGUGAAUUUUCAAUGGUGGUUCAGAGUGAAUAUGCGAGUUCAUCAAGCAAGAGUGAAGAGGGAAAAAGGACAAGUGGUAGAAAGAAGUCGGCUGCGUUGGAGUUGGAUGAGAUACAGAAGCACUUUAACGUCCCGAUAACCAAAGCAGCAAAGGAGAUGAAGGUGGGAUUGACUGUGUUGAAGAAAAGGUGCAGAGAGCUAAACAUCAUGCGGUGGCCUCAUAGGAAGAUCAAGAGCUUGAAGUCCCUCAUUAACAAUGCUAAGGAAUUGGGUUUCACAAAUGAUUUGGUGAUGUUGGAAGAGCACAAGAGGCUUCUAGAGAUACUGCCAGAUAUGGAGCUGACACAGAGAACCAAGAAGCUGAGGCAGGCCUGUUUCAAAGCCAAUUACAAGAAGAGAAGGUCUCUGACUAUUCAAGCUUGACUUUCUUGACACUUACAUGUAGAAAGAGAGAGAAAGGUCUACUUUCUUAUCUAGAUUACUAGAUUAGCACACAUUUAUGACUACAACUGUUUGUAGCC